GAAGUAAAUACGCCGCCAUCGCAUGCACCGAGCCCUUGUUGAAAGUACUGCCACCAUCCACAGUUCUGAUGCUGUCCAAAUUACCAAGUUGUGUGUGUGCACUGCCUCGCGCGCUUAGCCAUGCGCUGGCAUCUACUUCGGCUGCGCAUUCCCCCACCUCUUCCGGCCUCGGCGGCGGGGUCGCGCAGCACACCAGCCCGGCGUGGCGGGGCUGGGUGCAGGCACGCGGGCUGUCCGCUGCCCAGGCCAUCAACUACGCCAACGACAGCAACCAGAAGCUUGUGGACUCGCUAAAAGCGCAGGGGCUGCUCAAAUCAGAGCGCUGCGAGGCGGUGAUGCGGCAAAUCGACCGGCGGGACUUCACCACGACACACCUGGGCAUCCCCGCGCAUGUCUCCUACUCGGACAGCCAGUUGCCCAUCGGGCAGGGCCAGAGCAUCUCGGCGCCUUCGCUGCACGCGACGUGUCUGGAGCUGUUGGAAUCGCACGCACGGCCGGGGGCACUGGCGCUAGACGUUGGCUCGGGCUCCGGCUACUUCACCGCCUGCCUGUCGCUGAUGGUUGGGGCUGAGGGGCGCGUGGUCGCGGUGGAGCGCUACCAGAGGCUGCUGGAGCAGUCAGGGUUCGCGCUGGCGCGCAGUGUGGCCACCCGGGUGGGUACCGCGGAGCCCAGCCUCACCGGCGGCCAUGCACCGCUGCGGCCGGAGCUGCAGGCGGGCCGGCCGCUGGUGCGCAUCCACAACAUCGAGCUGCUGCUGGGCAACGCGCUGGAGGAGCCGGUGCUGGCGGCCGCCGCCGCGGGCCGGCAGUUCGACCUGGUGCACGUGGGCGCGGCGGUGCGUCAGCCGCCGCCGGAGCUGCUGGCGCUGCUGCGGCCGGGCGGGCGCAUGGUGGUGGCGGUGGGGCCGCCGGCGGCCAUGCAGAGCCUCGCAGUGGUGGACAAGGGGCAGGACGGGGCCAUCACGCGGACAGCUGUCUGCGACGUGCGGUUGCCGCCGCUGGCGCAACCGUUUGCAGACAGGCCCCUGUAAUUUGACAUGAGGUUGCAAAUAGCAGCCCAACGUAAACUAAACCGUGGGGUUCAUUGCCGGUUCGGCUGUUCCAGUGCAUUCGUUCAACGGGCCAGCAGCAUCGGGGCAGCAGUGAUAAGCAGUGUCACCUUCAGGGGCGCGGGUGUGAACUUUGAAGCCACAGGCAUACAGCGCCAAACGCCCCACCAGAGAGUUUAUGUUCCUUAGUUCCUCG